AGGAAGCAGCGGCAGCCGCUCCGUCUGCAGUGUCCGGUAUCUCACAGACCCACCGCGGCUGCUACACCAUCCCUCACCGUCUGCUGGAGUGGUAAAACCGGCAAAAGAGCGGCCUUCUCAUCCAGAGUCUUCAACAUUCUAUCUACUUUCUGUCCAUUCUAACUGAGCAAUCACCAUGGCGAAGUUGGCCGGGUUUGGGAAAAUGUUGGUGCGUCGCCGCAUGUUGGACACCAGUGAGGGAGAAACUCGCUUUGCUCGCUGCCUCUCUACUCUGGACCUCAUAGCCCUGGGUGUCGGGGCUACUUUAGGAGCUGGUGUCUAUGUUCUCGCCGGGGAGGUGGCCCGGGAAAAGGCCGGACCAGCCAUUGUGCUUUCUUUCCUAAUUGCAGCUCUGUCCUCUGUGCUUGCCGGAUUGUGCUAUGCCGAGUUUGGUGCACGGGUACCUAAGACGGGGUCCGCUUAUCUGUACAGCUAUGUGACAGUGGGUGAAAUCUGGGCCUUCAUCACUGGAUGGAACCUCAUUCUCUCCUAUGUGAUAGGCACAGCCAGCGUGGCCAGAGCCUGGAGCUCCACCUUUGACAAUCUAGUGGAGCAGAAGAUCUCCACCUUUUUCAUCGAAUCCAUGGCUAUUCCGGAUACUGGAGGAGUCCUUGCGCGAUAUCCGGACCUGUUUGCGCUUAUUCUGAUUCUUUUACUCACUGGCCUGCUGGCGUUUGGUGUGAGUGAGUCGGCACUGGUGAACAAGAUCUUCACAGGGAUCAACCUGGUGGUGCUGGGUUUUGUCAUAAUCUCAGGCUUUGUGAAGGGCGACACAGCCAACUGGAACCUAACUCUGGAGAACAUCAAAAACAACAGAAGCGCUUUGGUACCCGAGGGAACCGACUUCGGCACCGGCGGUUUUGCACCAUUUGGCUUUUCAGGAAUUCUGUCUGGAGCAGCAACCUGCUUCUAUGCGUUUGUGGGUUUUGACUGCAUUGCUACUACAAGUGAAGAAGCCAAAAACCCCCAGCGUUCUAUACCAAUAGGUAUUGUGGCCUCGUUGCUCAUCUGCUUUGUUGCUUACUUUGGAGUGUCUGCAGCCCUUACCUUGAUGAUGCCCUACUACAUCCUGGACACUAAGAGCCCACUGCCUGAGGCCUUCAAAUAUGUGAACUGGGAUCCUGCCCGCUAUAUAGUGGCUGUAGGCUCUCUCUGUGCCCUUUCCACCAGCCUGUUGGGCUCCAUGUUCCCCAUGCCUCGAGUUAUCUUUGCCAUGGCUGAGGACGGCCUUUUGUUCCGCUUCCUCUCCCGCAUGCACAAGAAAACAAAGACUCCUGUGCUUGCCACCAUUGUGUCCGGUGUUGUUGCAGCCCUGAUGGCCUUCUUGUUCGAUCUGGAUGCCUUAGUGGACCUAAUGUCAAUUGGGACCUUGCUGGCUUACACACUCGUGGCAGUGUGUGUGCUCAUCCUCAGGUACCAGCCAGGCAGCCUCAGCUCCAGUGCUGACAAGAUGGUGGAACUGGAGAGGCUGACUGACAAGGACAUCAUGACUGACGGGGACAGUAGAGACGAGCAUGGACAAGCGCUGGAGGGCACCUUCUCUCCCCGACUUCUGCUGCUGCCCAGCUCUCAGUCGCCCACCAAAACAUCAGGCCUCAUCGUAUAUGCCACCACAGCCGUUACUUGUGUGUUCUUCACUCUGUUGUGUAUAGUGUUGGCAUUGUGGGGUGACAGUGUCAUGAAGGGGCAGCCUGUGUGGGUCACUGUCGUGGUUAGCCUGGUUAUCCUCUCAUCCAUCUGCGUCCUCUUCAUCUGGAGACAGCCCCAGAGCAACGAGGUCAUAACCUUCAAGGUGCCUUUGCUUCCUGUGUUGCCUUUGGUCAGUAUCUUUGUUAACAUCUACCUCAUGAUGCAGCUGGAUGGACGAACUUGGAUUCGUUUCACAGUUUGGAUGGUUAUUGGCUUUUUGAUUUACUUUGCAUACGGAAUCAGGAACAGUUCAUCGGCCGAAAAACAUUCUCCCAGGAACUCCGAGCCCACUCUGCAAGGAAAAAAACCUAUUUAUUCAGGGGAUGACAGUGAACUUGAAGCAAACACACCCUAAGAUGGAGAGGUGAAAUUCAUUAUAAAAUUGAAAACUUUCACACUUGCACAUUACAUUGCUGUGUAACCUGUAAAGGGUGGUCCACUUUGUUUGCUUUAUAUUUUUUGUGGGGGGUUAGGCAAAAUCAGUUAAAGUGCAUAAUGGUACACUCUAAAAGUGGAUUACCUCUGGACAGUGUUCAGCAAGUGCCACAAGAUAACUUGAUGGGACAGUGGAGAACCAUUGAUGCUGCUAUUAUUUAGGCUCAAAACCACAUAAACAAAGUGUCAUUGUUCCUGUUAUUUGUUACAGUCUACAGAUCUUUUACAGUACUUUAACAUAGUAAAACAUUAAUGCUAAUUUAAUAAACAUUGAUUCAUAAAAAUGAAUUUUAUGUGACCUAAGAAUGUAAGACUGUGAAUAUUGGAGUUUUCUACAAUUGAGAGAUUGUAUUGCUAAAAAUCUAUAUAUUUAGGUACUAUUUAAAGUCACCAGGCAUUUUGUUAUUUAUUUCAUACUGAUAUCGAAGCAUAUAUUUUGUUUAAAUCCACAAUUAUUUAUAUAUGUGAAUAUGUAAGUGAAAUUAUUCUGUGGAUUUUGGUGUUAUUUUUACAUCAAUGUAGUAUUUCUGUAAUUUGAAGGACAUACUAUGUAUAAAGUUACAUGAUUUCCCCUUAAGAAAAAUGACCAUUCUUAAAGUCUGUUUAAUCUGUUUAGUCUGUUGUAUAAAUGUUUAUACUUUGCAUGGUUAAACAAACACUACUUAACUGUGUAAGUGUGCAGGAUGAUAAAACAUUCAGUUGUGUAUUUUGCCUAGACUGGUACACUAACAGGAAUCAUUUUGUCUAUCUUAGUCAAACUUUUUUAAAGAAAACAUAUUUUAAUAUUAUUUUAUUAAAUAUUAAAUUAUCAACAUUGUUUAAGGAAAAUGUUUGGUGUUUUUGGACCACUUUGUUUUUUCUUUUAUGACCAGUGUGGUUAAUGGGACUUUAUUCUUUAAGUCCUGCUUCAUUUGUAAAUAACUUGUAUUUGGUAUAGUACAUUUAUAUCACAUGUAUAUAUAUAUAUAUAUAAUGUUUACAUAGUUGACUGGAGGUUAUCAAUGCAGUGCCUGCUGUUGUUAGUUAAGAAUCACAUCAGUUGUUACAACAUCUGUUCCCUUUUGUGAUGGGAUAAAUUCAGCACCAUGUAUGUAUGUAUAUAUGUAUGUGUGUGUAUCUUAGUCACUUAAACUGUUACAUACUACAUUUACUAAGACCACAGUGUUAAAAUAUGUAUAUAAAUGUUCUAUAUAAGACAUGUUACAUAAAAAUGCAUUUUAAAAGGUAAAUUA